GUCACGUCCGCUCCAGGAAGAUGGCGGCCGAGCGGGCGGAGCAGAGUGAGAGGGAGCCCGGGGCAAGCGGAGACUCAGGGCCUGAACCUGGCACUGGCACCGAGUCCAGAACACUUCCCGGGACAGAACAGCUGCAUCAGGAUAACCCGCUCCUCAACCUCCCCAUCGUCGCCAUCGACUCCAUCCUCGGGUUAAUGUCGUAUGACGAGAUCAGCGGCCUGAGAAUGGUCUGUAAGCGAAUGGAUGCAGUUUGUCAGCGGAUGUUGAACCAGGGCUUUCUGAAAGUUGAGCGGUACCAUAAUUUGUGUCAGAAACAAGUCAAAGCACAGCUUCCACGGCGGGAGUCGGAGCGUAGGAAUCACUCACUGGCACGUCACGCAGAUAUCUUGGCAGCAGUGGAGACCAGACUGUCCCUGCUCAACAUGACCUUCAUGAAAUAUGUCGACACCAAUCUCUGCUGCUUCAUCCCCGGCAAGGUAAUCGAUGAGAUUUACCGGGUUCUGAGGUAUGUAAACUCCACCCGGUCCCCUCAGAGAGCCCACGAGGUCCUGCAGGAGCUAAGAGACAUCUCCUCCAUGGCCAUGGAAUACUUUGAUGAGAAGAUUGUGCCCAUCCUGAAGAAGAAGCUGAGCGGUUCAGAUAUGUCGGGUCGUCUGCUCGGAGUCACGCCAGUUCCCGGGCCAUCGACCACACUGACAGCUGUGCAGCUCUUCUCCAAGCAGAAUCCAGCCCGGCAAGAGCUCUGCAAACUCCAGCAGCAGAUGAAGGCACAGGGAUUGAAUGUGACAGCCACCAGGCGUGAGGUCUCGGAGUUCCGUGUCAAGUUCCAGGAGCAGCUAAAGCAACUGCAGGACCAGGAUCAGAAGAUCCUGGAGCAGAACCAGAUCAUUGGUGAGCAGAAUGCCCGCCUUGCUGAACUGGACCGAAAGCUGGCUGAACAUGCCCUCAAACACCAGCAGAACGAGCAGAAGAUCAAGGACCUGCAGGAGCUGCUGGAACGAGUCAUCGAGACAGGAGCUGCAGGUGGGCAAGCCACCAGUGGGCAAAACAAACGCAAGAAGGCACCACCUGAGAGCACUGCCUCGGACUUACCCACCCGUGCCAAGCGCCUUCGGAGCCGGAAGUGAGCUGGAGAUGUUAGAGGGAGGUUUUGUUGUCCUUGUGUCACUGUGUGUGUGCAUCUGCACCAGGUUACACUAUAUAUACGGUGCCCAGUGACACAGAUCAGGAGAGCAGAUGGGGUAUUGGUAUGGCAACAGGUUCCAGUCACAAGAUUGGGCAGAGUUUGCAGCAAUGGGCAAAGAGAAAGACGGAAAGUACCACAGUGGGAACUGAAUAGAGCAGCUGGUGAGUUGAGUUAAACUCUGCCCCUUUCCCCGGUACUGGGUGAUGGAGAGAGUUAAGCUCUGCCCCUUUCCUCAAUACUGGGUGCCAGAGAGAGCUAAACUCUGCCCCUUUCCUCAGUACUGGGUGACGGAGUGAGUUAAACUCUGCCCCUUUCCUCAUUACUGGGUGACGGAGUGAGUUAAACUCUGCCCCUUUCCUCAUUACUGGGUGACGGAGUGAGUUAAACUCUGCCCCUUACCUCAUUACUGGGUGAUGGAGUGAGUUAAACUCUGCCCCUUUCCUCAUUACUGGGUGAUGGAGUGAGUUAAACUCUGCCCCUUUCCUCAUUACUGGGUGACGGAGUGAGUUAAACUCUGCCCCUUUCCUCAAUACUGGGUGAUGGAGUGAGUUAAACUCUGCCCCUUUCCACAUUACUGGGUGAUGGAGUGAGUUAAACUCUGUCCCUUUCCUCAAUACUGGGUGAUGGAGUGAGUUAAACUCUGCCCCUUUCCUCAUUACUGGGUGAUGGAGUGAGUUAAACUCUGCCCCUUUCCUCAUUACUGGGUGACGGAGUGAGUUAAACUCUGCCCCUUUCCUCAUUACUGGGUGACGGAGUGAGUUAAACUCUGCCCCUUUCCUCAUUACUGGGUGAAGGAGUGAGUUAAACUCUGCCCCUUUCCUCAUUACUGGGUGACUGAAUGAGUUAAACUCUGCCCCUUUCCUCAUUACUGGGUGAUGGAAUGAGUUAAACUCUGCCCCUUUCCACAUUACUGGGUGAUGGAGUGAGUUAAACUCUGUCCCUUUCCUCAAUACUGGGUGAUGGAGUGAGUUAAACUCUGCCCCUUUCCUCAUUACUGGGUGAUGGAGUGAGUUAAACUCUGCCCCUUUCCUCAUUACUGGGUGACAAAGUGAGUUAAACUCUGCCCCUUUCCUCAUUACUGGGUGAUGGAGUGAGUUAAACUCUGCCCCUUUCCACAUUACUGGGUGAUGGAGUGAGUUAAACUCUGCCCCUUUCCCCGGUACUGGGUGAUGGAGUGAGUUAAACUCUGCCCCUUUCCUCAUUACUGGGUGACGGAGUGAGUUAAACUCUGCCCCUUUCCUCAAUACUGGGUGACGGAGUGAGUUAAACUCUGCCCCUUUCCUCAUUACUGGGUGAUGGAGUGAGUUAAACUCUGCCCCUUUCCACGUUACUGGGUGACGGAGUGAGUUAAACUCUGCCCCUUUCCCCGGUACUGGGUGAUGGAGUGAGUUAAACUCUGCCCCUUUCCUCAUUACUGGGUGACGGAGUGAGUUAAACUCUGCCCCUUUCCUCAAUACUGGGUGACGGAGUGAGUUAAACUCUGCCCCUUUCCUCAUUACUGGGUGACGGAGUGAGUUAAACUCUGCCCCUUUCCUCAUUACUAGGUGACGGAGUGAGUUAAACUCUGCCCCUUUCCCCGGUACUGGGUGAUGGAGUGAGUUAAACUCUGCCCCUUUCCUCAUUACUGGGUGACGGAGUGAGUUAAACUCUGCCCCUUUCCUCAAUACUGGGUGACGGAGUGAGUUAAACUCUGCCCCUUUCCUCAUUACUGGGUGACGGAGUGAGUUAAACUCUGCCCCUUUCCUCAUUACUGGGUGAUGGAGUGAGUUAAACUCUGCCCCUUUCCUCAAUACUGGGUGAUGGAGUGAGUUAAACUCUGCCCCUUUCCUCAUUACUGGGUGAUGGAGUGAGUUAAACUCUGCCCCUUUCCUCAAUACUGGGUGAUGGAGUGAGUUAAACUCUGCCCCUUUCCUCAUUACUGGGUGAUGGAGUGAGUUAAACUCUGCCCCUUUCCUCAUUACUGGGUGACGGAGUGAGUUAAACUCUGCCCCUUUCCCCGGUACUGGGUGACGGAGUGAGUUAAACUCUGCCCCUUUCCUCAUUACUGGGUGACGGAGUGAGUUAAACUCUGUCCCUUUCCUCAGUACUGGGUGACUGAAUGAGCUAAACUCUGCCCCUUUCCUCAUUACUGGGUGACGGAGUGAGUUAAACUCUGCCCCUUUCCCCGGUACUGGGUGACGGAGUGAGUUAAACUCUGCCCCUUUCCUCAUGACUGGGUGAUGGAGUGAGUUAAGCUCUGCCCCUUUCCUCAGUACUGGGUGACGGAGUGAGUUAAACUCUGCCCCUUUCCCCGGUACUGGGUGACGGAGUGAGUUAAACUCUGCCCCUUUCCUCAUUACUGGGUGACGGAGUGAGUUAAACUCUGCCCCUUUCCUCAUUACUGGGUGACUGAGUGAGUUAAACUCUGCCCCUUUCCUCAUUACUGGGUGAUGGAGUGAGUAAAACUCUGCCCCUUUCCUCAUUACUGGGUGACGGAGUGAGUUAAACUCUGCCCCUUUCCUCAUUACUGGGUGAUGGAGUGAGUUAAACUCUGCCCCUUUCCUCAUUACUGGGUGACGGAGUGAGUUAAACUCUGUCCCUUUCCUCAUUACUGGGUGACGGAGUGAGUUAAACUCUGCCCCUUUCCUCAGAACUGGGUGAUGGAGUGAGUUAAACUCUGCCCCUUUCCUCAUUACUGGGUGACGGAGUGAGUUAAACUCUGCCCCCUUCCUCACAACUGGGUGAUAGAGUGAGUUAAAUUCUGCCCCCUUCCUCACUACUGGGUGAUGGAGUGAGUUAAACUCUGUCCCUUUCCUCAUUACUGGGUGAUGGAGUGAGUUAAACUCUGCCCCUUUCCUCAUUACUGGGUGACGGAGUGAGUUAAACUCUGCCCCUUUCCUCAUUACUGGGUGACAGAGUGAGUUAAACUCUGCCCCUUUCCUCAGUACUGGGUGAUGGAGUGAGUUAAACUCUGUCCCUUUCCUCAUUACUGGGUGAUGGAGUGAGUUAAACUCUGUCCCUUUCCUCAUUACUGGGUGACGGAGUGAGUUAAACUCUGCCCCUUUCCUCAUUACUGGGUGAUGGAGUGAGUUAAACUCUGCCCCUUUCCUCAUUACUGGGUGACGGAGUGAGUUAAACUCUGCCCCUUUCCUCAUUACUGGGUGACGGAGUGAGUUAAACUCUGCCCCUUUCCUCAUUACUGGGUGAUGGAGUGAGUUAAACUCUGCCCCUUUCCUCAUUACUGGGUGACGGAGUGAGUUAAACACCUUUCCUCUGUAGUGGGUGGCUGAGUGAGUUAAACUCCCCUGGAUGGGGACACCUACACAGAGGCACUGCAAUCCAGCUCUCUCAAUGAGGACUUUUUUUUUGAAGAAUUGUUCGUGUUGAGUUUGCUGGUCUCGGGUAGGGCAGCAAUAUAACUGGUCAACACCUCCCCCCACCCCCGCAAGAGUGUAGGUUGAUUCCUUCUCCCUUGGAGUCUAAUGAGCUGCUCUGGAAAUACUUGUAAAUGCACUAAGCAGUGACUGGAACAGGUUUGGUUGCAAUGCCCCCAUUACCAAAUGGUCUGCUGUCAUCUUGAAGCAGUUAGGAUGAUGUCUAUGGGACUGUACUCCUACCAGAGUUAGAGUAUCCAGGACAACAGCCUGACUGUGACAAUAUGAUGAAUGUGGACUCUUGAGUCAGCCCAUGUUUUCUUCUGAUUGGCCAGAGAGUGCACAUUUUCAAGGGUUAUGAUUCACUCUCUACCCCGGCAUUAAAGCCAGAUCAGGUUGAAGGGUAAACUGUAGGAUGGGUUCUACACGUAUUGCAGAGCAUUGGGACCAUUAGAGCUUGUGAGCCCAGAGUUCCUCUGGCUUUACCCUUUGAGUACUGGAGGAAGAUUGGAACGAGGAGAGAACUUUAUUCCAGAAACAAACUAAAUGAAACUGCACGCAAGGAACAUAACAGAAUGACAAGAUGGUGUAUAUCCCUGCUUUGGACAGUGUUCCCACUUGUGCUGUAUAGAUGGGCUGUGCAUUUGACCAGUGGGUUUGGGGUCUCCCAACACACCGACUGUGCCUGAGAAUGGAGGGCUUUGUGCCCCUAACUCUUCACUCUGGUGCUGGCAGUACAGUUUUCUAUUGGGUGCUGUAACAGUAUAAUAAGAUCUUAAUUCUGGGAGCAAUGUCACCAUUCUGACCUCUGUAUUGGCUGUCAAGAAUGGAGUAUUCUACUGUGUACUGCUAGUCCAGGGUUAUUAGUUAAUAGGCUCUUACGGGAGUUAUAAUAACCAAUCAGGAAUCCAGCUGAUGGUGAGAGAGAAGUGAACAGGAAACCCAAGGAACUGCCAGGGCCUCUCACCACAAUGCUGGGCACAGCCUACCCAUGUUCAUAUCUCAUAGUCAGUGUGGUGCGCAUGACCAGGGAAAUUCCAGUACCUCAAAAGCUGAAUUUGCCUCAUCAGUCAAAACAUUGCAUCCAGGUGUGGUGGUCACUUUUCAGCCUGUGGUGGGCCAUGCCAGCCCGCAGUGGUGUCACUGUGUCUCACUGCCCAUCUGGAUCCUUUUCCUCAAUCUUUUUUUCCUCAUCGCCUUAUACUCUUGAGGGGCUGAAGUACAAAAAAUUCAUUCAAUUGUCAACAUCAGUUUGAUCAUAUGUGGCAUCACUGCUGAACCCACUCCUGCCCCUAGCCCUGUCUUCACCCAGUGUCCACAAAUUACUCCUCCAGGAGGAGGGAAAAUGGUCAUGCAAAUCUGCUGGGGUUCUCUUCAUAGAACAUUGCAACCAAAUUGAAACUGGCCAUGAAUUGGCUCUGCCCUGCCCCACAUAGCAAAUUAAACAGCAACGAGAAUGUGAUUCUCUCUAGAAACCCACCCCCCACUCAACAAAAAAUACUUUACAGCCUCUUUAAACAGAUGGCGUUGAUGAGUUUUAGGAAGUGACACCCUCAGGUUCUUCAAAAAAUUCAGUGUUAAACGAGUCUGCAAAUCCUCCUUUUGAUCAUAGUAUUACUGUCACAGGCAGCUGCUGCUCUCUUCCUGUGUCACUGUACACUAAUGGAGCUUUCAACUUAUAUGAUUGCAAUGGUAGUUUGCUCCUGACCCUCCGAUCCUGAGUUCUGAUCCCCUGUCCGAGAUCCUUUCUCUUAAAGCUUAUCAAAAAGAGUUAGGAUUAAUGCGUAAUUUGAAGUUGAGUCUACUCCCUCUGCCCUCUCUGCGCUGUGUGUGUGCCUUUGAUCUGUUAUUUACCAAUUGCCCCAUCAAUAGCUUGGGUUUUGAGGUGUCCUGAGUUUGACUCUUGAAUGGUGGCCAUCAGACUUUGCAGGAUCUCAUGGUGAUGAUCCGGAACCCUCAAACACCUGUGCACCAGUGGGGACCUGUUCACUGGGAGGAGAAUACACCACUGACCUGAAACAAAAACUGUUGGACAGAAGAAAAGCCUUAAUACGGCGGUCAGUGCAUGGCUGGACUCAGGUUCAGAGAGGUCUCUAAAGACUAUUCACGCCAUACUGAGGAUCCCAAGGAGCAAUCCUAUUCCUGCCUAUUGUGUUGUAUCAUAUUAUAGCAGGACCUGGUCUACAAAUACAUCAUCCCAAACCAUGUACAAAUCCGUCUGGGAUUACAGCCCAUCACCCUGUUGAAGGGGACUAACUGAUGAGGAUCCCACAAGUUGAAUAGCUGUCAAGUGGGGUGGCAGUCAGGAUCGCUACAGUUGGCCUCAAGUGCCCUUGGCUCGGAAAGGGAAUAUUGGCCAGUUGAUUGUGUUCCAGCAACCUCUGAUCGGGAAGGGCCAUAUCCACAGGAACGCGGUGUUAGGUUUGGCAGUGAUGCCCUCCAGUUGAUCAUCCUGCCAGUAAAGGAAUGACUAGUUUGGUACCAGGACGCUGUCAGUGCCUGUGGGCAUGUACCCCAGCUUGAAAAUGGCUUUGGAGGAGGGGGAAGAAUAAAAUAAAUGUUCAGUGUGA